UUCAAUCCCACUUCCUUUUAAUCUUCAAUCCUAAACCACUCCCACACUUUUACUCUUAACACCCAAUUCAUCUUCAAUCAACCAACCAAUUCGUCGAAAAUCCCCAAUCAUUUCAAUCCUUGAAUCGGACCAACACCCCUCCAUUUGCCCUUUUCCUUUUUUCAUGUUUCGGCCACACCACAUUGAACAGGAAUCCGUAGCUCUGGAUUCCCUCACUUCCAGGGCUUUUAUUUCCCCCUCGGUUGGCCGCGCUCUAGGGGUGAAUUAAUUGCCAUGGGGAAUGCCAAUGGAAGGGAGGAGAGCGGCAGCGACACCCAAUCCGUGGUCGAGGACUCCGCCACCGCGCAGGUUAGCAUGGCCGAUCAGGAUGGGGUGCUCGCCCACUCUCCCCCUUCUAGUCCUAGGGCUUCUCAGUCGCCUCUCAUGUUCAGACCUCAGAUGCCAGUGGUUCCUUUACAAAGACCUGACGAGUUGAACAUCCCUAGUCCUUCAUGGAUGCAGACUAGCUCAGGUUAUGAGGAUGUGUAUAAUGAGCAAGGCAUUCCAAGUAUGAUUACAUGGAGCUACGGAGGCAAGGAAGUCUUUGUGGAGGGGUCAUGGGAUAGCUGGAAGUCAAGGAAGCCCUUGCAGAGAUCGGGGAAAGACUUCACCAUCAUGAAGGUACUUCCAUCGGGAGUUUACCAGUACAGGUUUCUCGUAGAUGGACAAUGGAGGCAUUCCCCAGAUCUGCCUUGCGAGCAGGAUGAUUCAGGAAAUACUUGUAACGUUUUAGAUUUGCAGGAUUAUGUUCCAGAAGAUAUCGAUAGCAUUUCUGGCUUUGAACCGCCUCAAUCACCAGACUCUAGCUAUAACAAUACUCAACUUGGUCAAGAGGAUUUUGGAAAGGAACCACCAAUGGUUCCACCACAUCUAAAUUUGACAUUACUGAAUGCACCAUCACCCCAGAUGGAGAUUCCGCCUCCUUACUCGAGACCGCCGCAUGUAGUGCUAAACCAUCUUUACAUGCAUAGAGAUAGGAGCCGCCCAUCUGUCGUGGCACUCGGUUCUACGAAUCGCUUCCUUUCCAAAUACGUGACGGUCGUGCUUUACAAGUCCAUACAGAGGUAAAGAUUGUGCCAUAUCUUUAAGCCUUGAUUUCCCAAUCAGAGGUAAAUUGGAUUGAAAAAAUAGCCAUACGAGGAAUAUUUAAAAAUCUAUUUUCACGUGCAAUUAAUUGAGCUAUUGUUUUCCA